UCCAUGCAGCCUGCGGGACUCAGACUUCCCGGAUCCCAGAUGCGGGCGAUGGCGCCGCGCACGCUGCUCCUGCUGCUGGCUGCCGCCCUGGCUCUGACCCAGACCCGAGCAGGCUCACACUCGAUGCGGUAUUUCCACACCGCCGUGUCCCGCCCCGGCCUCGGGGAGCCCCGGUUCAUCUCUGUCGGCUACGUGGACGACACGCAGUUCGUGCGCUACGACAGCGACGCGGAGAAUCCGAGGUACGAGACGCGCGCGCCGUGGAUGGAGCAGGAGGGGCCGGAGUAUUGGGAGCGGAUCACACAGAGAGCCAAGAGCAAGGAGCAGAUUAACCGAGUGAACCUGAGGACCCUGCGCGGCUACUACAACCAGAGCGAGGGCGGCUCUCACACUAUCCAGUGGAUCUCCCGCUGUGAAGUAGACUGGAACGGGAGCUUCCUCCGCGGGUACAGGCAGCUCGCCUACGACGGCCGCGAUUACAUCGCCCUGAACGAAGACCUGCAGACGUGGACGGCGGCGGACACGGCGGCGCAGAUCACAAAAUGCAAGUGGGAGCAGGCUGGUUUUGCAGAGACAUAUAGGGCCUAUGUGGAGGGCGAGUGCGUGGAGUGGCUCCGCAGAUACCUGGAGCUCGGGAAGCAGACGCUGCUGCGCACAGAUGCCCCAAAGGCACAUGUGACCCAUCACCCCAGACAAGAAGGUGAUGUCACCCUGAGGUGUUGGGCCCUGGGCUUCUACCCUGCUGACAUCACUCUGACUUGGCAGUUGAAUGGGGAGGAACUGACCCAGGACAUGGAGUUUGUGCAGACCAGGCCUUCAGGGGAUGGAACCUUCCAGAAGUGGGCAUCCGUGGUGGUUCCUUCUGGGGAGGAGCAGAAAUAUACUUGCCAUGUGUACCAUGAGGGGCUGCCUCAGCCCCUCAGCCUGAGAUGGGAGCCUCCUUCAUCCACUGACUCUAACAUGAUAAUCAUUGCUGUUCUGGGUGUCCUUGGACCUGUGGCCAUCAUUGGAGCUGUGGUGGCUUUUGUGAUGAUGAGAAGGAGAAACACAGGUGGAAGAGGAGGAGACUGUGGUCCAGCUCCAGACUUGGAGUAAACAAGCCUUGUUUGG